AUGUCGAGGUUUAACCCAGCGCAGGCAGAAGCGCUCGCACGGCAGAUCCAGCGCUUUCAUGAAUUUUGCCGGAAUGAACCGGAUAUCAAAUUCACAGUCCAGGAGGAACACCGCUUGGCAGCGGCCGAGGUUUACGGAAGCGGCGCCGAGGAGCGAAUUGACUACGUGGCUGACCAGAACGAAGAGCGUUAUCCUGCGAAUGAAUGGACAUCACAGGCCAAGAUCCAUCAGGCUGGCAAGAAGAUUCCAAGCAAGACCGACGAGAAGAUGGACACGAAAAGUCGGGCACGACCCCUAUGGACAAGCAAAAUUCCGUCCAGGGGCCGGGCGAUGGUCAGCGAGAUCUAG